GGCCCCCCAGUGCGAUUGGUCUUCCCCGAAGUGAGACUGAUGUCUGUCCGUAUCGUUUGGCAACCGCCUGAAGAGCCAAAUGGAAUUAUUCUUGGAUAUCAAAUUGCAUACCGCUUGGCAACCAGCAACCCAAACAAGUUCACCACGGUGGAGGUUGGCUCCACAGUCCGGCAGUUUGUGGCUACAGAUCUCCUCCCAGAAUCAGCGUACAUCUUCCGAGCCUCUGCCAAGACGCGUCAAGGCUGGGGGGAGCCCUUGGAAGCUACGGUCAUCACUACGGAAAAGAGAGGUAAGACUCCAAGCCUGUUUCCAUAAGAGUCCU